AAAAGAAACAUGUCAGCGACCGACAGGCCACGCCCAUCUGCUCUAACUGUUAAAGUUUUGGUUAAACAUUUAAAUUAUAGUUACUAAGUGGGAAGGAUGAUAGAUCGUUGGCGGCAAAGUGCUCUCGUCUCCUUUAUUUGCCUUGUCCUUUUAGGCUUCUUCCAACAGGAACAAAUACUUUCUGCCUUUCAUUUUCCACCUUUAACAUCAAAUGGAAAUUUGACGUGGAAGGAAAUGCUGCCGUUUUUCUCUAGGAGGGACAUCUUGGCCUGCAAAACUUAUUACGAAUUUGGUGGUGUGAUCAAUCGCUUGCCAUCGUUGACUUUUCUUGACGGACAGAAAUCUGUUUGCCUUGACCAAGGCGUGGCUCCCAUACCGGAUCAGUGUGUAGUUUAUUCCUUCGGAAAUAACGGUGAAUGGUCGUUUGAUGAGCAGAUUGAAUCUUACGGAUGUUACGUCUACGUAUUCGAUCCUUCUGUUUGGUACUGGAAGCAUCAUCAUUCAAAAAAGGUUCUGUUCUAUCGUGUGGGUAUUGGCGAGAAGGACGACGAACGGAACGAACGCGGUUGGAAGAUCAUGAGCCUUGCAUCUCUCCGUCAAAUGCUUAAUCACACAAACACCGUCAUAGAUUACCUGAAGAUGGACAUUGAAGGGGGAGAAUGGCCUGUCCUUUCCCGUUGGCUGGACGAUGGAGAUUUGUUAAAUGUUAAGCAACUUGCAAUGGAAAUCCACCUGGAAAGCCCGGAGAGCAUCCCUGGUAAAUACAAUUUACUGCAGCGAUUGGAAGCUUCUGGUUUUACACGCUUCUUUGCUCGCGAAAAUCCCUAUACAACAAAUAGUUAUUUGGAUAAGUACAAUGUAACUGGGCCCAGUUGUUUGGAGUUGGCGUGGUAUAAUACGAAAUUCGUAAGCUAAUCCCAACAGCUCUAUUUUUUGAAAGCUGUGGUAUUUGCAGUAUUUUGUAGCCAAGAUUUGUUUCAUUCUCUUGUGUAUGCUGUCUAACUAUGGUAACCAUUAAAAUGCAAUCGCUCGCCAAAAGGCGGAUUCUAAAG